UCCAGGAUAUUAGCUAACAAGCAAAUACAUCAUUUAAAUUCCAUCUUGUAAGGGGAAGUCCCAACCAAGUCCUGAAACAUGGCUGAGACUGUACCCUUAUCAAUUCUGUUGGACACCCUCCUUCAGAAGGCCUACACUGACCUCACCAUUCUUCAGGAUAUUUUACCAAGAAAGAGUGAUGGAGAUCGUAAGCUGGAGAUUGUCCAGUAUGCAAGACGUACACGCUCUCUGGUCAUCAGACUAUUGGCACUUGUCAAGUGGGUCGGCAACUCUAAGAGCUUGGACAAAUGCUCGGAGAUGUCUACUCUCCUAAGAGACCAGCAAGGGCUCUAUGUCAACACUGCAGACCAACUCGCACACCUCUCUAGAAACGUACUGGUGCAGGCAUGUACCCCCAAUUUUACUCUGGCUCCUGCGGUGGAUGUACUGACCACUGGAUCAUACCCUCGUCUACCCACAUGUGUCCGAGACAAGAUUGUGCCCCUCCCCCCUCUUACAGCCGACCAAUCACAGGAGGCCUUCUACCUCAUCGACUGUGCUAUACGUUGCAGACUGUUAGUGGAGCAAAUACCAUUAUCUAUGAAAGUAAAAUCUAUAGGUCAAGGGGUGGUAACUUUUAUGGUUCCUUGUGAGUUUGAAAUCAGUCUCUCUGUGGUGGGGGAUGAUGUCACAUUACCAUGGCGACUUGUAUCAAUGAAUAUCCUAGUAGGCAGCUCUCUACCAGGCUCCCCUGUUCUGGUCCACGAGUUCCAGAAAGUGUAUCUCCAUCAGCUGAUACAAUCCCGGCUCUGUGCUGACUCAGCACCCCUCCUGGACGCAUACCAGUGUCUGCAUAGCUUCUGUCUCUCCCUGCAGCUCGACUGCUUGCACUCUCAGGCUAAUAGACUGGGGUCUGAUCUCUUUGGGGGUCAUGUAAAGGUAGAAGAGUAUCGCCACGGAGACCACUUGAAACUAGUCUAUUGGAGGCCCAGCUCAUCUGGUCAAUUGCUCAGUACCAUCCUACUCAACUCAGCCAGAGGCUCCUCCCCUCGUCUGACCAUCACCAUCCACCCCACAAGAGAAGACAAUCCUUUCUCUCUAGUCCACACACCCCCACUACCAGAGGGUUCAAAGGUCGAUAUCUCCGUCUCCAAUCUCUCUCUCGAGGCACUGUUGGAAGGAUGUGUCUCAUUGCGUAGCCACACCCUACUCUCCACUUUGAGAAACAGUCUUACUAGCACAAUCUGGGCAAAACAUGCUGUUCUCUCUCGGAGUCCCCUCUCACUGACAGUGACCCUCUCUCUCAAGUACUGGAAACGUGAGGUGGUGUUGGGAGUGGACGGACGUGUGGGACAGAUCAUUCUCUCUCUACAACCCCCCUGUCUUGUGGAAGGCGUGGCAUCAAGACUGGAGGAGAUUAGACGAACCUUGACUACCUCGAAAAAUGAUCUACCCUCACAACUCGGCUUACUGCAACGCCAAUUGUUCCUAGACCUUAUUUACGAGAGUGCAACAGAGUCAGGAUACAAAGUGCAGCGAUUUCUUCCUCUCCUUAAGCCACUCCCACUCCCUGCCUCCGAGAUGGUCUACAUAGAACUCCAGCCGCGGACAUUCCUGGGUGUCAGUAUGGGGGAAGCCUUAGAAGACCACUACUACCUCCUCACCCUUGACCCUGUACCUGCCGACGUUGUUGGAGAGGAUUGGCCUGCUCCUCCGUCCCUGUUUCUGCAGCCGAGCAGUGUCCUCGAGUUGGACCCAGAACAGAUAUACACACAACAUCUUAGGAAGGUCUUUGUGCGUGAGCGUGGUGUUGUACUCAAGAGAAAGCUCCAGCAAGCUGAACUAGACCUGCCCUCCAAGAAGCGCCUAUGCCUGUACCACACUCCUCUGUUCUCCCCACUGCCAGCCGUGCUUGAUACCAGGAUGACUCUCGUCAACAUGGAAGCUAGUUUACGCAAUGCCUCCAUCAUUCCCCACCAUCCUUCAGUGAAUGGCUCUCCCUCACUUCACAUUUUCGAGUUUCCAAUGGAGGUGAUGGUGAGUCAGGACGUGCACGAGCUAUUGUCCUCUCAUCUCCAGUUCUGUCGUGUGUCCCCCUCCUCUGAUGGCUACACUUGCACUUUUGUGUUCUCUGGCCUCCCGGAUAUUGCUGGCUCAUCAUCAGAAACGGUCCUACACCAGACACUCCCCUCCGGCUGUGACCUGGGGAUGGGGCUUCAGGGGAUAUGGCGUGCUAGACUAAUGCUCCUUGGGCUCACUCUCGAGCUGCUUGCCUAUCUGAAAGACAAUGACUGUCCUCUCGCUAAACAUUGCUCCAUCAAUUCUUACACUUUUGAACGGCUGUCUGUCUCCUUCAACAAACAUAGUAUGGAUGUUUUCGGGACUUCCAAGUCGUUACAUCUCUCAUUCUCGGAGCUGUGUCCUCAUGCGACCCUCCGAGAGCAAUUGGAGGGCUUCUUAGUGACCACUCACUCCCUGCCCCUCCUCCUCAAAGGAUUGUGUGCCACUGAGUCUGCCAUGGACACUCUGACAGGCUUUGUCAAGAGCAUGCCUGGUACCACCCUCUCCGCGCUCUCCCCACCUCAUGUGCAACUCAAGUACAAUCAUCUGACGCUGAGCCUCACUCUACAGGAGGACUCCUCAGUGGUGUUCACAGACCUCACUUACAAUCGGCUUACCAGUGUCCUAGCCAACUCUCCACCCAUCACCCCUCUCACCUUCCUCAAGGUAUUUUUGCAGGCCACUCUCAGAGACGUAUCCAUGGAGACUGAUGAAACCACCUCCUCUUUUUCAGCUACAUCCACCAUCAAGCCCACCCUUCUUCCAAUCCCCUCCCCAAUCACACACCCACGACCGAGUGUAUGGGGGGCACCCUCCCCUCGUGAGCUGUCCAUCCCUUCCAUACCACCCCUUGGCUCUUACUCUAGCCCGGGGUUAUCUCGAGGGAACGUGUCUUCGAACUUUGGUGGGUGGAGCUUCACGACUACCCUUGAGGAAUUACAGGCACUGUGCAGUGAGGAGAACGAAGGAGGCAGUCUGAAGAAGUUCAUGGGGAGUAUGUCUCUCUUCCUGUAUUUCAUUGUAUUUGCCAGCAAGAGCAUCUCUGGUCAGGUACCAUCGCUGCAAUUUGUUCAGUGUGACAGUGGCACGUGCACCUAUCGCUCGGACAACCUCACCCUCCAGCUGAGUAUGGACGGAGACACUCUCAAACUGACCCCCAGACCAGCCAGAGAGAACGUGUGGGUUCAAAGUGAGAUGGACACUCUGGCGGCUUUCUUCCAAAAAGAGGUGGUGACCAAACCGUUUGUGGUGAACGCAAUGGUCUCCUUCAUUGGACUGCUCAAGUUUCCUCUGCCCUCUCUUAAGAGCUUUGUACAGAUACUACAAAUGCACAUGAAUCCUCCCUCUGGUGCCGUGUGGCGACUGCGGGUGUGUCUGAUCCUCCCCGAGAACUCCUCCCUCAGGAACACUCCCUUUGUUGCUGGGCAUCAAGGAAUCAUACUCAGCAAGAAACUGGUCAUAUUUUUUGAGUUGAUACGCAAUGAAGAUGGCUUCAAACUUCUCCUACCCAUUGUCCAUGACCCAGUCAAGAACGAGACCUUUGUCACCAAGUCCCAGAAUGCCUACCUCCACCCCGCACACCAGUACGUCGACAACAUACUUAGGAAAACAGUAGCCGACUCUCAGAGCCCUGGCAUCACUUCAUCACUCUCGCUGGCAUUAUCAGUGCUCUGCAAGUCAACACUCCCCAAAGAGGCCACACCCACCCCCAAUGUUACAUAGCAUCGAACAUUAUAAUUAUAGCUAGAAAAAUUAUAAUACAGUUUCACACGAUUAUCAAUUCAAUUUGUACAAACAAAGAACAAGUUAUAAAUUUUAUAAUAUGAAUUCAAACAAACAAAGAUAAUUCUGUCUAAG